CGCCACCAUGCGACGCCAAACGGCCUUGGGGGUCGAUACUGAGGCUUCCCUGGCAAUGACCCCCGACGAUUCCACGACUUCAUUCGCUCGGACUCCCGAGUCAUCCACCCAAGCUCUCAAUGUCCCCGUUACGACCCCAUCGACAGUGUAUACUCCACCCGCACCCACGUUCCGACUCCUCUACACUCUACUUUCACGGCGCGAUCUUCUAUCAUAUCUUUUACCAGCAGUCCUCUUCUCCAUCAUCGCCGGUGGCGUUGCUCCUUUCAUGACCUUUGUCGUAGGACAAGUCUUCGACUCUUUCUCCCAAUUCCCUCUUACCUCGAACCCACCACAAGAAGCCAAGACCGCUCUUCUUCAUGGUGUCGGUAUAUCCGCUCUCGAACUCGUAGGCCUCUCCGUAGCUGCCUUGGCCCUCAGCAGUAUUACUUCCUGUCUCUGGAUCUGGACUGGCGAACGGAACACCAUGAAGCUCCGGAAACGGAUAUACGAGUCUGUCAGUGGUCGAGAGAUGACUUGGUUCGAUUUGAGGAUGGGCAGCGAAGGAUCUGUACAGACAACCGAGGCCUCCGGGCCUAUCGGUGCUGGAGGAAUGAUGGCACAAUUCGCCAAAGCAACCGAGGAAGUUAGGAUGGCGUCUGGCCUUGCGUUUGGAAUGGUCGUGCAGUACCUCACGACCAUCAUUACCUGUCUUUGCCUGGCGUUCGCUCGCUCCUGGGCGCUCUCCCUCGUCGUCCUUGCCUCUGUUCCCGCCCUCUUCAUCAUCGACGGAUUUGCUCACAACCUCGGCAUAGGCCCACUGACUGUCGAACGUUCUGAGACUGCAGUCGCCGGCACCCUCGUUGAUCGCGCGAUCGCAGCCAUCGCCACCGUCAAGGCUUUCAACGCUUCUGCACACGAACUCUCCACGCUUUCUGCCUGUCUCGACAAGAUGCGUGCUGCCGCUGACAGGUGUAACACAGUCUGGGGCUUCACGAGUGGCACGAUGCAGUUCGUCAGCAUGACGAUGUUCGUUCAAGGCUUCUGGUUCGGUGCGAAGCUCGUCCGGGACGGCAAGCUCCAACCAGGGGACGUCAUGGCCGUCUUCUGGGCCUGUCUCAUCGCCAUGAGCAAUUUCCGCAUGAUCCUCACGGAACUCGCGACGCUCAACAAGGGCAAGAUCGCAAUGUCGGCCAUGGUCGCUCUCAUCGAGACCCCCAGUCCUGCGCCACCUCAGCCGCCCUCGCCUCCCGGUACGCGUCGACCGAGCGCGGUGAAUUUCACUCUCCCCGGAAAGCGUUCCAAGUCGGCUAAGCUUCGCGGGAUCGUACCGAACAAGUGCGCUGGCGGGCUCACGCUCGAUAAUGUCACGUUCGCAUACCCUUCUCGUCCUACUGUUCCUGUUCUCGAUGGCGUCACGCUCUUCCUUCCUGCUCGCGAGACGACGUUCAUCGUCGGUGGAUCUGGCUCCGGAAAGUCGACGAUUUCGCAUCUCCUGUUACGGAUGUACGAUGUUCAGCAGGGGUCGAUCUACUUGGACGACCAGGACGUACAGUUUUUGGACUCUACGUGGACGCGACAGCAGAUCGGCGUGGUCUCUCAGUCCUGUAUCUUGUUCGACAUGAGCGUGCAUGAUAACGUGUCGAUGGGUCUGGAGGGGCCACAGAGUUUUAGGCGGCCGCAGGACGUGAGCAGGGAGGAAGUCGUCGACGCGUGCACUUCGGCGCUGAUGCACGACUUUGUGAGGAAUCUUCCUGACGGGUAUGAUACGCAGUUGGGUACUGGAGGUGCGAAUCUGUCGGGAGGACAGAAGCAGAGGCUGGCCAUCGCUCGUGCGAAGUUGCGCGAUCCUACUGUUCUUAUAUUGGACGAAGCUACAUCCGCGCUGGACGCGACAUCCAGGAUUCUUGUGUUCGAAGCUAUCAAGCAUUGGCGGCGGAACAAAACCACCAUUGUGAUCACCCACGACCUCUCCCAGAUCGGUGCCGAAGACUUCGUCUACGUCCUCAAGGAUGGUCAGGUCGCUGAGAACGGAUUCCGUCGUGAUCUCGAGAAUGAUUCGAAGGGCGAGUUCACCCGCAUGAUGGAGGCGCAGGCCGCUACCGGCGGGUUCCCGGAGCAGCAGGUAGAUCCGUAUUCGACAGAGGCGAAUGAGGCACGCGAUGAGGCUGCGGUCAAGAUCGUGCAUGAGCAGGAGAAUGGGAUCGAGUUCGUUAUGGAGAAGACUGGCGGGACGAAGGCGACGAGGCAUCGGAGUGGGGUUCGGGCGUCGGUUGCUCCAGGUCCUACUACUGGUCAGUGGAUGUUCGAUGCGGUGGCCGAGCUGACUGGCAACGGCAACGGAGUGAUGCAACCCGCAUUACUCGGUGCUCGCCAGCCGGAACAGGUCAAUCGUCUCAUCGCUGUGGAAGAGUUCGGGCCCGGGUCAGAUCCUUUCGAGGACUGGGAUCGUUCGCGGAGACCGUCCACGGUCGCCAUCGAGAUUCCACCUCCUUUGCCCGCUGUCCACCCCUAUCUUCGUCGCCAGUUCAGCUUACAGUUUUCGCCGACCUCGCCUACGGCUCCUUCGUUAACCACCACGGUCUGCGAGGACGAACCGGAGUUUAAUGAUCUCAAAGACCUAUCCACACAUGCCGGAUCUACUACUCAACAACGCCGUCUGGGUCAUCAUCGAACGCGUUCCUCUGUCGACAAGGAGGCAUCUCAUGUUCGUUCGGAGUCGAUACACAUGGAACAGUUCAAGGGCGGUGUUCCUCGCAAGCGGCAGGAACAAUCCCCUCAGCAGGAGACCACACCUCUUCAACCAGAGAUCGGGUUCUGGCGUCUCGUUCGGGAGAUCUACCCUACCAUUCCAAACAAGCCAGCCCUCUUCCUUGGCGGUAUCUUCUGUGCCAUCAGUGGCGCCGCGACUCCCGUCUUCUCCGCCAUUCUCUCUCGCCUCAUGGUCGAAGUCUCCUCCGGAGCCAAAGAUCUCAAUGCCAUCAACACCUUUGGUGGAAUUAUCCUCGCUAUCGCAGCCUUGGACGGCCUCUCCAUGGGCGCCAAGUUCUCUAUUCUCGAGAUCCUCGCCAUGUCUUGGGUGACUCGCAUCCGCAAGUACUGCUUCAAUCUCGUGCUCGCACAGGACAAGAAGUGGUUCGACAAGAGCGAGAACAGCCCGGUCAAGCUUAUGUCGAUCUUAAUCAAGGAUGGAGACGAUGCGAGGUCGCUGAUCGCGACGGUGUUCAACCAGGCGAUCGUGGUGCUGACGAUGUUGAGCGUGGGGUUGAUAUGGGCAUUGGUCGACGGGUGGCAGUUGACGUUGGUAGGGUUUGCGAUCGCGCCGGUGUUCAUCAUCACCAUGGCCGUUCAGGCGAACUUGGUGGCGACGUGCGAGUAUAGGGGCAAGCGGGCUCGUGAGAAGGUUGCCACAGGGUAUUACGAUGUCAUCGUUAACAUGCGCGGCAUCCGCUCUAUGGGCUUUGAGAGGAUCUUCCUCGAACGCUUCAGUGCUUCGGUCGAGAGUGCGCUUUCCACUGGGGUGCGGGGUGCCUUCGUACAGGGAGCCACUUACGGAGUCGCGAGUUCGCUCAUCUACCUUUCCGAGGCUAUCUUGUUCUACGUCGGCGCCAUCUUCGUCGCCAAAGGCACCUACAGCUACUCUCAGAUGAUACAGACGCUGAACCUGAUCAUUUUCACCGUCAGUAUCGGCUCCCAGCUCAUGGGUUUCACUCAACGGAUAGCGAAGUCGAUACAGGCCACUCGCGACUUCAACAAGCUCCUCCAGCUAUCUACCCAUACAACCGAAUCCCACGGUCAUCUUCGCCCCCCGAUCGAAGGUGCCAUCUCAUUCCGCGAUGUCAGCUUCGCCUACCCCGAGCGACCCGAUGUACCUGUCCUCAAGGACAUUGACCUCGACAUAAGUGACGGCGAGACCGUUGCUAUUGUUGGCUCCUCAGGUUCGGGCAAGUCAACCAUCGCCUCGCUUCUUCAACGUCUCUACGAACCUGCCACCGGUUCCAUCUCCAUCGGCCCAUGGCAUCUCAGCUCUCUCGAAGUCAAGCAUCUUCGAGAUCACGUCUCGGUCGUCAGCCAAACUCCGCAUCUCUUCGACGCCACCAUCAGAGAGAAUAUCUCGUACGGUGCCUCCAAUGUCUCGGACAAGGACGUGCAACGCGCAGCUCAAGACGCGAACGUACACGAUUUCAUCAUGUCGUUGCCGCAGGGCUACGAUACCAAGCUCGGCGAGAACGCAUCUCUCAUUUCUGGCGGUCAAGCGCAGAGGCUCCAGAUUGCGCGUGCGCUCGUGCGGCCGUCCAAGGUCUUGAUCCUGGACGAAUGCACUUCGGCACUCGACGGCGCAAACCAGGCAGCCGUGAUGCAGACGAUGUUGAACGCGAAGGAGGGUCGAACGACGUUGAUGGUGACGCACAAGCUGGCUGUGAUGCGUAUGUGUUCUCGGAUCAUCGUCCUGCAUGAGGGCAGGAUCGCGGAGGAGGGAUCGUACGAGUCUCUGAUGGCCCGGCGGGGCGUGUUUGAGCAGUUGGCGAGUGGCGGAGAGUGGAGUGGCGAGUGAUUUUUGAUUGAUUUAUUUCGUCAUCUUUUUUUUGCUGUACUACUUUCUUCAUGCAUCUCGCGGACUUGUUCAUGCGCGCCCCUAUACCAUGCCUCAUGUCUUUUUCUGUCUUCCCGCUGGACGUUUUUCUCUUUGUAUUUCUGCCUUGCGUUACCUCUUUCUACUCACCCCUCCUCUGUUACGAACUCACGGUUACUUACCACCUACUCCCUGGUACUACUAAACUCACGAUCACGACUCAUGCUCUCCUGCGGUUUUUACGAGCAUAACCUAGUGUAGCCUUCGCCAUUCAUUGUUUAACGAACUUUUUUUCAUGUCACUUUACGGUCCACGUUACGACUGGAGUGAUGCCAUUCAUUUGUACUUCUACCGCAUACCUUGUACCAGUCAUACUUGACGACUCUAGCACAUCGACGAACUCAUAAUGUGGAUCGUCAUUUCAUGAUGU